UGUGGCAGUACGGUGUGUGUGUGUGUGUGCUGGAGGUACCACAGAGGUUUCUGGAUAUACCAUUCAGACUCUGAGGUGGAGCUCAACCAGUUUUGGAUAUUGGCUGUUUUUUCUUCUUUUUAAAAAAUAUUUUAAGAAACACCAUGCCAAACUGGGGAGGAGGCAACAAGUGUGCAGCAUGCCACGGGACAGUUUACCACGCGGAGGAAGUGCAGUGUGAUGGCAAGAGUUUCCAUAAAUGCUGUUUUCUCUGCAUGGUCUGCAGGAAGGGUUUGGACAGCACCACUCUGGCCAGUCAUGACCAGGAGAUCUACUGCAAAUCGUGCUAUGGGAAAAAAUACGGUCCUAAAGGCUAUGGCUAUGGACAGGGAGCAGGAACACUCAACAUGGAUCGGGGAGAACGGCUGGGAAUCAAGCCUGAAGAGACCCAGACUCACAGACCCACGACCAACCCCAACCCAUCCAAAUUUGCUCAGAAGUUUGGCGGUUCGGAGAAAUGCGCCCGGUGUGGAGACUCGGUUUACGCAGCCGAGAAGAUCAUGGGGGCAGGCAAGCCAUGGCAUAAGAACUGUUUCCGCUGUGCAAAAUGUGGCAAGAGCCUGGAGUCGACCACCCAGACUGAGAAAGAUGGAGAAAUCUACUGCAAAGCGUGUUAUGCCAAGAACUUUGGCCCCAAAGGGUUCGGUUAUGGCCAAGGAGCCGGUGCUCUGGUUCAUGCUCAGUGAUGGCUCGGUGGGACCACAGUCACUCGUCUACAUUCCUCUGCCCAACAUGAACAUAUUUCAUCCUCUAUGCUUUGAUGCUUAAAAGGUGCUGUUGAUACAAAUAAAAAAAUAAAAAACAUGAACAAACCAA